CCCAUUCACGCAUGUCGCCCCACAGAAGACGCUCUAAGUGAGAAUCGAACGGCCAACGUCUAACUGCGAGGCGACAACGCUACCGCAGGACCUUCCCUGUAUAUAUGUGUUGUGCCUUUAAUUGAAGGCAGUAUCUGCAAUAACUUUCCUGUUCUGGAUAAAUGCAAGUGAAAGUUUGAAGCAGUUUGUGCUUACAAUGGCAUCAAGUAAACAAACUGUAGAUUGUAUGGAGGAAUUUAUUUGCCCAAUUUGCCAUGAACUUUUAAAUGUUCCAGUGAUGCUGGAAUGUGGGCACGAUUUCUGCAAGUCGUGUAUUGACAGAGUUUGGGACAAUGAGAACAAACCUUCAUGUCCCGAGUGCAGAGAGGAAUUCACAGCCAGGAAAUAUGCAGUGAACAGACUGCUAGCAAAUGCAAUUAAAAAGAUGCAGAUACAGUGUCAGAUGGGAGAAGGAUCAGAUCUACAACAGAAAAAAGGAGAUGAGCUCUGCAGAGAACAUGAAGAAAACCUUAAACUAUUGUGUGAAGAUGAUGCGAGUUUGGCUUGCCUGAUGUGUGUUCCAGAACAUCGUGGUCACAACUUCCUGCCAUUGCAGAAAGCAGUUAACAAGUACAAGGACAAUCUGGUAACUUCCUUGUCUCAGUUACAGUCCAAGCUGAAAGGGUAUAAUGAAAAAAAGUGCCAGCAAGAAAUGAAGAUAUCAGAAGUCACAGCCAGUGCCAGAAGUUUACAGUUGCACAUUACCUCAGAAUUCGCCAAACUUCAUGAGCUUCUCCAGCAUAAGGAAGACAAACUGAUUCAACAGCUGAAGGAGGAAGAAACAGGAAUUCUGAAACAGAUGGAGGAAAACCUGAGAAAAAUAAAGGGAGCUAUUAGUGCCAUUCAGAAAUCAAUCUCUAAUAUUCAGGUACAGCUGCAACAACAGGAUGAGCUGACUUUUUUAAAGGAAAUCAAGACUUUCCUAGAAGGAUUUUCAAAACACCAGGAAGAGAGUGAAAGCCAAAGUGUUGUGGACCACAAUCUGAGCCUAGGGGUAUACAGAGGCCCUCUGCAGUAUGCUGUGUGGAAGGAGAUGAAAUCCAUCCUUUAUCCUUAUGUCUUCAAUCUUUCCUUGGACCCCGAGACAGCACACCCUAAUCUCAUUCUGUCUGAGGACCUGAGUAGUGUGAGAUAUGGUGACAUUAGACAACAGCUCCCUGACAACCCUAAGAGGUUUGAUCCCGUCAUCUUUGUGCUUGGAUUGGAGGGAUUCACAUCAGGAAGGCACUACUGGGAGGUGGAUGUAAGGAACAAGAUUGGCUGGUUUGUGGGUGUUGUCAGAGAGUCUGUCAACAGAAAAGGAAACAUCAUUAUGAACCCUAAGAAUGGAUACUGGACUGUUAGCCUGUGGAGUGGAAAUUCAUAUACAGCAAGAGAAUCAUCACAAAAGCGUCUUAGCCUGAGUGUGAAACCCCAGAGGAUCGGCACAUACCUAGACUACGAGGGGGGACAGGUGUCGUUUUAUAAUGCUGAUGGCAUGUCCCACAUCUACACGUUCUCUGAUACCUUCAGUGAGACACUCUACCCUUUCUUCUGUCCUGGGCAUGAUGCAGAGCCCCUAAAGAUGUUUCAUUUAAAAUUAUAAUUGAAAUUGGAACACUUUAAUGUGCUGAUACAAGAUGUCAAGUGUUUCUGUUCCAUGGAGUGUAGAUUUAUAAAUUCAUCAUAAAGAAUGAAAAAUGAGAGAAAUAUUUUAAACACCCUUAUUGAAUGUUAUUAUUUUGAGUAGAUUGUAUUAAAAAAAUAGUACAUUUAAAGGGAAUGAAUCAAGGGCAAAGUGCCUUUUCAGAAGAUACUCCUGUUAAACUUCUAAACAGUACCUUUGUUUAAUAAAGUUUUAUGUUACUAUUAAUGUAAGUCAGUGGUCUGAAACUGAAUUUGGGAUCUGCACAUUAAAGGUGAUGUUUUGACAUGAAUAUUACAGCUGCUAGAACAUGAACAAUGUAAGUACUUGAGUUUUCAAAGGUGAUUUUUUUUUUUAAUAAACCUGAAGCCAAAUCAUGUAAAAGCAAACUCUAA